AUGGUUAGGAGGUUCAGGAUAAAAGAAGGAGAUCUCGGAACCAAGAAUAAACCAGGAUUUCACGGAACCAAGACUAAACCAGAAUUUCAGGGAACCAAAACUAAACCAGGAUUUCAGGGAACCAAGACUAAACCAGGAUUUCUCGGAACUAAGACUAAACCAGGAUUUCAGGAAACCAAGACUAAACCAGGAUUUCACGGAAUCAAGACUAAACCAGGAUUUCAGGGAGCCAAGACCAAACCAGGAUUUAACGAAACCAAGACUAAACCAGGAUUUCAGGGAGCCAAGACUAAACCAGGAUUUCAGGGAACUAUGACUAAACCAGGAUUUCUCGGAACCAAGACUAAACCAGGAUUUCAGGGAGCCAAGACUAAACCAGGAUUUCAGGGAACUAUGACUAAACCAGGAUUUCUCGGAACCAAGACUAAACCAGGAUUUCAAGAACCCAAGGCUAAACCAGGAUUUCAAGGACCCAAGGGAACCAAGACUAAACCAGGAUUUCAGGGAACCAAGACUAAACCAGGAUUUCAAGGAACCAAGACUAAACAAGGAUUUCAGGGAACCAAGACUAAACCAGGAUUUUACGGAACCAAGACUAAACCAGGAUUUUACGGAACCAAGAAUAAACCAUGA